CCACACAUCGAAACACUUUUGCGCGUUCGUUCGUUUCGUUUCGUUUCGUCUCCCGGUUUGUUCGACUCGCACGGAUUUCGGAAUAUCUUUUUCUGCUGGUGGACAUUCUGCUCUGUUCUCAAUCACGUUUGCGCUUGGCUUUCUGUCGGUCGUCGAUCCUCUAGCCUAGUUAGGUCCUCCCAGGACACACAGGAUACGCGUUUCGGUCGUCGAGAGUCUGCGAGGAAGAAGGGCAUCCAGAGUCCAGAUAGGAAAAGUUCUCUCGGAAGUUCGGUCAGUCGCUCAUUUGCGUUCCAAAAGUGCUUCGGUGCGGUACGGAUUGUCCGUUUGUGUUGGCCGGUCGUGUGACGAGUGUUUCCAAGCUUCGAAAUUCCUUCCAGCAACAGGAGGAAUCCAUCAUAUCCGGCGGUCAAGUUCUAGUUUGGUGAAAUCCGUCGCCGGAAGAUUGUGAAGAAAUCUGGAAAAGAGAGAAGCAACAAGUGCCGUUUAACACGAGGUUGUGUUUUUCUUCGCUUUUGUACAACAAGUGGUGCAUGCAUUGAAAAGUGGUGAUAGUAAAAAUCUAAAAAUAAAGUGAUCAAAGAAGUUUGUAAAGUGCGGCGUAUAAGGUAGUGACGAGUGCGGAGUGAAAGUUCCGACGAUUAUCCCUACGAAAUACGUAUAAUCUUAACAGAAGAUAUAUAUUCUAAAAUAAAAGCAUAAUCAAAUCAAACCCUCAGCAACGAGCGUUCUCUAGGUUGCUAGGAAGUUUCGAUCUCUGUCUAUUUCUCGUUUAAAAAAGAAAAGAAAAAAAAUCUGGUGAAAAAUGGCGGAAGCCGCCGGUCAGAACAACAACGCCGCCAGCGCCCAAGCCGGUCCAGCUGGCGCUUCCAACAAUGGCGUCACCAAUACCAACCCCAACGCCGAGGUCAUUCGGGGCCAGCUGUUCGAAGUGGGACCCCGCUACAAUCAGUUGGCGUACAUUGGAGAGGGUGCCUACGGAAUGGUUGUAUCUGCCGUGGACACUGUGACAAAGACAAAGGUUGCCAUCAAAAAAAUAUCCCCCUUCGAGCACCAGACCUACUGUCAGAGAACGUUACGGGAAAUCAAAAUCCUCACCCGGUUCAAACACGAGAACAUCAUAGACAUAAGAGAUAUCCUGCGGGUGCCUAGUAUAGAACAGAUGAAAGAUGUAUAUAUUGUUCAGUGUUUAAUGGAGACUGAUCUAUACAAACUGCUGAAAACACAGAGACUUAGUAACGAUCAUAUCUGCUAUUUCCUGUACCAAAUUCUGCGCGGUCUCAAAUACAUCCACUCGGCGAACGUGCUCCACCGGGAUCUGAAACCGAGCAACCUGCUGCUGAAUACGACUUGUGAUUUAAAGAUUUGUGAUUUCGGUCUCGCACGAGUGGCUGACCCGGAACAUGACCACACCGGCUUCCUGACGGAGUACGUUGCCACUAGAUGGUACCGAGCGCCGGAAAUCAUGCUCAAUUCCAAGGGUUACACCAAAUCGAUCGACAUCUGGUCGGUGGGCUGCAUACUGGCGGAGAUGCUCAGCAACCGGCCCAUCUUCCCCGGCAAGCACUACCUGGACCAGCUGAACCACAUCCUGGGCGUGCUGGGUUCGCCCUCCCAGGAGGACCUCGAGUGCAUCAUCAACGAGAAGGCCCGCAGCUACCUGCAGUCGUUGCCGUACAAACCGAAGGUCCCGUGGUCCCGGUUGUUCCCCAAUGCCGACUCGAAUGCGCUGGACCUGCUCGGCAAGAUGCUCACCUUCAACCCGCAUAACCGAAUUUCGGUCGAGGAAGCCCUGGCGCAUCCGUACCUCGAGCAGUACUACGAUCCCGCCGAUGAGCCCGUGGCCGAGGAACCGUUCCGCAUCGCCAUGGAACUGGACGACCUACCCAAGGAGACACUGAAGCGAUUAAUCUUCGAGGAAACGCUACGAUUCAACCACAACGAUAACCACCCGGAUGUAAUGUAAUUUCCCGGAUGGAGGGAGCACCCUUUUCCCCAAAGCUCGAAUCUGGACGGAAUUUUCCCGGUGGUUCUCAUUACACACUCCGACAUAUGCACACAGUUUUCUUUAAAGGAAGCAUUUCCUUCAGCAAAAACCCUCUGCUCUCAUUUUUUUUUUUCCUUCUGCAUUCGUUAUUUACGUCACCGAGUAGGCUGUGAGGUGCAGGAAAAAUGAUUCUAAUCGCCUGCAAAGCCUACUGUUCAAAGGGUCGCAUAAGCAGUCAGUGUAGGACCAGGAAAAUACACCCAUAACUCAUUUCCACACCCCCCGUUUCAUCACCGGUUGAGGUCAAUCAUGGAUUAUACAUAUGUAAUGAAUAGUCUAGCAGUUACUACUGAAAUCACGUUAGUUUUACGUUAAAGCAUGCCAACAUACAAAACAAAAAUCUGAACAAAAAGUGCAUGGAAACAAAGAACAAUUUUUCACAUAGCUCUAGGAUUAGGUCUACAUACGGAAGGUGCGAUCUCGACCGUAAUUUGAUUUUUAACACGUUUUCUUUGCCAGUAUCCAAUAUAUUUUUUAGAAAACAAAUCAUUUAUUAUUGUAGGAGCAACAGUUAGCAAUAAUUUUCACAUAUGUCCUGUGUGAUAAGCGAUUAGUUUAGUGGAAGUCUUUGUUUUAUUUUACGCUAGGAGGUCGAAUCAUUUCGUUGCAAUCCAAAAGUAUCCAAAUAAUUUUAGGUCAAAUUUAUUAGGUUGGAAAAAAUGUGGCUACCAGGCUAUUAGGUUCGCUGUAGAGAGCGAGACGAGAGUGUGCGUGUGAGAGAGAGCAAAAUGAUGAUGUAAGUAAAAACAAAACCUGCAAAUAGUUAAAACCAAAAUCUUUAGUAAUCGGAAAAAAAGCAGCCUACUAAGGGAGAUGUGUACAGAAGGAAGAAAACCGACGAAAAUACUUGAGAUUCUGAUAUCCUGCGCCUAAUUGUUGACUGUUUUACAAAAAAGAAAACGAGAAGAAAGAUAUACGAGCGCAAUGUUUGUAAGAUAUUAGAACUGCACAGAAAAAGUCACAAGCACCGAGCACGUCUUGCGUCCCCCUCCCAUUUGUCUGAUCAUUAUAUGCGUACGAGAUUCCAUCAUAUGUAUAAUUGUGAAUUAUAUCAUUAAUCGUCAUUGUUCGUUCGUAUGCUGCGUCCAAAUCAGUUUCACCAUAAAAUCAAUCGGCGCAAACUGACAGUCAUAAUACCUAGGUGUUUCGAUUUUUUUAAAUACUAAGAAUGGAUUAUCGCUUGUAAUUAUAGGUAACUGUUUGAUCAUAUUGAA